UUUUUUACACCAAAAGAAGACUUAUCAGAACUACUAACCUAGCAUUUACGCACCCAGUCCAAGCCUACAGAUCGCGCUUGCCCGACUUCUAUGCAGUAGUCAAUGACAUUAGUAUAUGUAUUUUUCUUUUUAGUCUUACAAACCCAUCUCGUUCAUUUCUAGAGUCCGAACUCCGAUCCUCAUUCUCAGGGUCCCCGGGUUCCGACAUGUGGCUAUCUUCUUUAUUGUUCCUACUGGCUCUGGCUUCUAUGAUGAUGUAUUGUUUUAUGUCUCACUUGUUUCCUUUUAGAAGCUAGAUAUCUUAGACACCCUCAACACCUAUGAUGUGGUUAUUCUAGAUUUUACUUCAUUCUUAUUGAUUAAAACCCAGACGUGUCUAAGCCAGGUCUUUCUCUUCUUUUCGGGUGUGUAGAGCCCUUUCUCUACCUAAGUCACAAUGUACGGCGAUAGACCUACUCCAGCAGAUACAGAUGUUCCUGGAGGGUACCCUGAGACCCCAGCCUCCAUUCAAGCCAAACGUCUCUCGACUAUUAGCCGAGAGUUUUCACAUGCCGCCAACCAGGAAAGCAGUACCGACGCGUUUCCAUGGGCACAACGCGGUGAUGUGAAUUAUACCAAUGUCGAUGGUGCUGGUUGGAAUGCUAGACCGAGUGAUCCUAGUCCAUCCUCUUCUAAGCGCACUAUUACAGCACCUCAAAAUCAACUAGCCCCUGGCGAAGUAUCGUCUGAUGAGUCUGAGAAAACUGAGGUAGAACCUCGCUUCGAACCUAUCAAGUCGACGGCGGAACAACCAAAACUCGAACGCAGAGAUAGUGAAGCUAAAACCGAAGAUGAUCUGUUCCGUGCCCUCUCGCGGCGUCGUAGCCUUACAUCAAACGCUGAGUCGCAAGGAGAGAACGACGAAAUUGAGCGAUUGAUGUCGCGUAUGUUUGGCCAAGCUCGACAACAGAAUAGCGAAGAAGAAAAGACAAGGCAUGCGGGUGUCAUCUUCCGGAAUCUUACAGUCAAGGGCGUUGGCCUUGGGGCCAGCUUACAGCCUACGGUAGGCGAUAUCUUCCUCGACCUACCACGAUUCUUAUGGAAUCUGGUGACUAAAGGACCCAAAGCCGCCGCCGGAAAGCCACCCGUAAGAGAGCUCAUCAGUAACUUCAAUGGCUGUGUCCGACCUGGAGAAAUAUUACUUGUCCUUGGUAGACCGGGAUCCGGCUGCACGACGUUCUUGAAAACUUUCUGCAACCAGCGAGCAGGUUUCGAAGACGUUUUAGGCGAUGUAACUUACGGCGGCACAGAUGCGAAGCGCAUGGCUAAGGAUUUCAGGGGUGAAAUCAUUUACAAUCCAGAAGAUGACUUACAUUAUGCCACACUGACAGUCAAGCAUACCCUCACAUUCGCUCUCCGGACUCGUACCCCUGGAAAAGAAUCGCGAAUGGAAGGCGAAAGUAAAGAAGACUACGUAAGGGAAUUUCUCAGAGUGGCCGCAAAACUGCUUUGGAUUGAGCAUACAAUGGAUACCAAGGUCGGAAAUGAGUAUAUUAGGGGCGUUUCUGGUGGAGAGCGCAAGCGAGUCAGUAUUGCCGAGGCACUCAUCACUCGGGCCAGUGUUCAAGGCUGGGACAACUCGAGUAAGGGACUGGAUGCAUCGACCGCUGUCGAAUAUGUCCAGUCAUUGCGAGCACUUACGAACAUGGCCCAGGUUUCUACUGCCGUUUCGCUGUACCAAGCUGGCGAAUCUUUAUACAACCUUGUCGACAAAGUUCUGUUGAUCGACAAUGGCCAAUGCUUGUACUAUGGACCCUCCGACAGCGCCAAACAGUAUUUCUUGGAUCUCGGGUUUGACUGUCCUGAUCGGUGGACCACGGCCGAUUUUCUUACGUCUGUUACUGACCCCCACGAGCGCAGUGUCAGGUCGGGAUGGGAGGAUCGAAUUCCACGAUCAGCCCAAAAAUUCGCCGAUAUUUUCAGGAAAAGUGAAGCUUACCGGCGUAACCUUGAUGAUAUCCAGGAUUAUGAAUCUCAUCUCGAAGAGCAGCAGCUUGCCCGGGCCGAGAAUACGUCAGAAAAGAACGAAAAAAAGAAUUACACUAUAUCAUUUCCUCAACAAGUGAUUGCACUCACCAAACGUCAAGCUCUAAUUAUGCUGGGAGAUAAGGCGUCCCUUAUAGGAAAAUGGGGCGGCAUAAUCUUCCAAAGUCUUAUAGUGGGAAGUUUGUUCUACAAACUCCCACCUACAGCAGCAGGUGCCUUUACGCGAGGCGGUGUCUUGUUCUUUAUCUUGAUGUUCAACGCGUUAAUGGCGCUUGCUGAACAGACUGCGGCAUUCGAAUCUAAACCUAUCUUGCUCAAGCACAAGAACUUUUCUUUCUAUCGGCCUUCCGCCUACGCCUUGGCGCAAACCGUCGUGGACAUACCCCUAGUCUUCAUUCAGGUAUUUCUAUUCGAUAUCAUUAUCUACUGGAUGGCAGGCCUCUCUGCCACCCCAUCCCAAUUCUUCAUAUCGCUAUUGAUUCUCUGGAUCAUUACAAUGACGACUUACGCCUUCUUCCGCGCGAUUUCCGCACUUUUCAAGACCUUGGACGAUGCCACCAAGGUGACCGGUGUCGCAAUUCAGGUCAUCAUUGUUUAUACCGGAUACCUAAUCCCGCCUUCGUCGAUGCACCCAUGGUUUAGUUGGUUACGCUGGGUUAAUUGGCUCCAGUACGGGUUCGAGUGUCUCAUGUCCAAUGAGUUCUACAACCUACAGCUGGAUUGUGUAGUCCCAUUCCUCGUCCCUAAUGGUGUCCCUGGUGUUGAACCACAAUACCAAUCAUGCACAUUAGCAGGUUCCAGGCCUGGAGAGGUGAUUGUUAAUGGAGGAGAUUAUAUCCAAGCGUCUUUUAACUACUCGCGCGGCCAUCUUUGGCGGAACUUCGGUUUCUUGUGGGCUUUCUUCGGUUUCUUCCUUGCUAUAGCAAUGAUAGGCAUGGAGAGAAUGAAACCUAACGCUGGAGGCGCUGCCGUGACGGUCUUCAAGCGUGGACAGGUCCCAAAGAGUCUCCAAAAGUCUAUUGAGACCGGAGGUCGUAAAGGUAAUAAAGGUGAUGAGGAAGCCGCAAGUUCUAGGGAGAAAGCUACCAUCUCCGAAGAAGCCUCUGCAGCACAAGAAAGACGAGAUGAAGAGGCCAUGCAGACAGUCGCCAAGAACGAGACUAUAUUUACGUUUCAAAAUGUCAACUAUACGAUUCCUUUCCAAGGCGGCGAGAGAAAGCUACUGCACAAUGUCCAGGGUUUUGUCAGGCCCGGGAAAUUGACAGCCCUUAUGGGAGCUUCUGGAGCUGGAAAAACGACGUUGCUAAAUACUUUGGCUCAGAGGAUUACAUUUGGUGUCGUAACAGGAGACUUCUUAGUCGACGGAAGACCCCUUCCAAAAUCAUUCCAGAGGGCCACGGGGUUUGCGGAGCAGCUUGACAUCCACGAGCCAACUGCAACCGUACGCGAAGCCCUACAGUUUUCUGCGCUUCUUCGUCAACCGAAGGAAGUAUCAACAAAGGAGAAGUAUGCUUAUUGCGAAACGAUCAUCGAACUGCUUGAGAUGCAUGAUAUCGCCGGAGCAACAAUAGGAAUGGUCGGCGAGGGCCUUAACGCAGAACAGCGCAAAAGACUUACCAUUGGUGUUGAACUUGCAUCAAAGCCAGAGCUGCUGAUGUUCCUAGACGAGCCUACGUCUGGUCUCGAUUCGGGGGCAGCAUUCAAUAUCAUUAGAUUUUUGCGCAAGUUGGCUGAUGCUGGCCAGGCUAUUUUGUGUACUAUUCACCAGCCUUCGGCCGUGCUUUUCGAAAAUUUUGACGAGUUAAUCUUGCUCAAAUCCGGAGGCCGCGUGGCGUACGCAGGCGAGCUCGGAAAGGACAGUCAGCAGUUGAUCAAAUAUUUUGAGUCUAACGGUGGCCCGAAAUGCCCCCCCGAUGCAAACCCAGCUGAGUGGAUGCUGGAGGCUAUCGGAGCUGGAAAUCCGGAUUACGCAGGCCAAGACUGGGGCGACACCUGGUUACAAUCUAAAAACUUCGAGGACCAGUCAAAGGAGAUAUCUGAGAUGAAUGAGAAGCGCCGGAAUGUCCAACAUUCGAAGAAUAUCCAAGAUGAUCGCGAAUAUGCUAUGCCUCUAUGGACCCAGACAACAGCAGUCGUCAAGCGUUCCUUCGUUGCCUAUUGGAGGUCGCCAAAUUAUAUCAUGGGCAAGAUGAUUCUGCAUAUAUUCACUGGUCUUUUCAAUACCUUCACAUUCUGGCGUCUAGGCGAUGCUAGCAUCGAUAUGCAAUCCCGCUUAUUUUCAAUCUUCAUGACCCUUACGAUUUCACCCCCACUGAUUCAGCAGCUUCAGCCCGUCUUUCUCAACUCACGAAAUAUUUUUCAAUCUCGCGAGAACAACGCAAAGAUUUACUCGUGGUUUGCAUGGACCACGGCCGCAGUACUGGCGGAAAUACCUUAUGCUAUUGUGGGAGGUGCCAUCUACUUCAACUGCUGGUGGUGGGGAUUGAUGGGCUAUAAAAUGACUGGUUUCCCAUCUGGAUUUACCUUCCUGUGCGUGGUGAUUUUCGAGCUGUACUACGUCAGCUUCGGCCAGGCCAUUGCGGCCUUCAGUCCUAACCAGCUGCUAGCAAGUCUGUUCGUCCCCCUCUUCUUCCUUUUCGUCGUGGCCUUCUGUGGCGUGGCCGUGCCGCCGGCCUCGCUCCCAUAUUUCUGGCAGAAGUGGAUGUAUCCGCUCACCCCCUUCCACUACCUAUUGGAAGCUUUCGUUGGUAUAGCUAUCCACGAUAAACCUGUUACGUGUAAACCGACCGAGCUCGCGCGUUUCCGCCCUCCUCCUGACAUGAGCUGUGAAUCGUACACCGAGAAUUAUUCUGCGCACGCGAGUGGAAUAUUGCAGAGCGUCUCGAAUGAUGGUCUCUGCGAAUACUGUCAAUACAAGAACGGGGACGAGUUCGGAACACAGUUCAGCGUCUACUACAGCAAUAUCUGGCGCGACUUCGGCAUCGUCUGGGCUUACAUCUUGUUCAAUUACGCUGUGGUAUACUUUGCUACGUAUCUAAGGUUCAGGGGCAAGAAUCCCUUCAGCGGGAUCCUGGCGAAGAGGAAGCAGAGGAAAGCGUAAAAGUAAAAGAAGCAUAGUGCAGUGGUCACGAUAGGGCUCUCUAUGGUCUGGGUUAGACUGUGAGGUCGUCCACGCGUGUUUGUAUUAUUCGAGUAAUAGGGGCUAGGCCUGGUUUAAAAAGUUAGGGAUGUUGCAUAGGGUUGGGAAUGGCCGACAUAGAGACUAUGAAUAGGGUAAUAGACAUAAUUGUAUCGAUUAUUUUGCAUGCUUACCUCUAUAUUGAGGUGAUUGUGUUGUCGAAGAAUAUUAUUUCAUGUACCCAAACAAUAUAAUGAAAGGUCUGGAAGAGGGUAGAAUCUGAAAACUGAG